CCUGAUACUGAAUAACCCACCCUCAACCCAGACUGAUAUAACAAAAAAACACAGAAUAAUUGCUUAAGUUUGCCUUCUCUGAAGAGUAUAACUAUGUGGGAGUGUAGCUUGCACAUUAAAUAUUGAACAGAGUUUAGUGGCUGGAAAUCAUUAAUGAAACACCAGAGUAAUGUAUUUACGACCUUGUUCAUACAAUAUUCAUUCAGUAACUAUUGCUUUGAGCAUUAGGGGUAUAUAUAAUGAUUAUCAUAUUUUGCACUUUGACAUUUCAUUCAUGUCAAAUUUACUUUCAAACGAGCCAAACUCAUGACACAGAUUUUAAUCUCUGCAUGUUGAGGAGGUCUAAAGUACAAUUAUAGAUAUAAUGUCCUACAUAUUAAAUGUUAUGUAGUCUGACUAGUUAGGGCAACAUGAAACAAGUGCUUACCAAUGUAGCAAGAGUAUUCAUGGAGGUCAUAUUAUCAGUUGCUGUAAGGAUGAAGGACGAGCUGGGAACCCAUGCAACUGUGUAGCUGGAAUUGCUUGGAAUAGACAGAUUGAAAGGUGGUGACCCAGCAGAGGAAAAAGUGACAACGCAGGGUUAUAGCAGUCUGACCACAUGGUAGCAGAAGACAACUUCAACCCUGUGGCAAUGGCCUCUUGUACCGAUGGCUUCCACUUCACUGUGCAGCACAUUCACAUGCGACCCCAGAUGUUUCUGGGUGAGUCCUCCACACUGGACGAGGUAUUUUUAUCCGGGCGACCCCAGGGUCAUGACUGGGAGGACUCCACCAUUCUGCCCGAUGUGGAAUGCCUGAUAGAGAAGGACACUGCAAAAGUGGAAGACUCUUCAGAGGAAAAAGAUAUUUUAAGUCAUUCUGGACCGAGUUGUUACCAACUCUCAAUUUCAUCUGUGAUUUUGAUCUCAAUAAUAUGUAUACUAGUCGUGACUUGCAGGAAUUAUGUCAAAGAUCUGUUACUAUGGCUAGAACAGACAGACCCAUAUAUCAGUGUAUUCAUUUUCCUCCUUCUGUUCAUUGUGACUUCUUUUCCCAUGGCCUGGGGAUACAUCCUUCUUAUGGUGGCCGCGGGAUACCUCUAUGGCUAUAUAUAUGGACCCUUAGUAGUGUUAAUAUGUGGAACUGUGGGGAUUAUUGUAGCACAUUUAGUAAUGAAAAACUGCUGUCGAGACUUUAUCAAAAGGAGGUUCUAUAGCAGUAAGAUGGAGGCUGUUAUAAAAGUGGUUGAGAGUUCUCAGGGAUUUAAACUCAUUGCUCUGUCCAGGCUUACACCCAUUCCCUUUGGACUACAGAAUGGACUUUUUGCAUUGACAGAUACACCAUUGUGGUCUUACUGUGCUGCCUCUACCAUAGGACUAUUACCUACCACUGUGUUGAACUGUUACAUGGGGUCCACCCUGAGGACCAUGAGUGAUGUCUUGACUGACCAAUCAAAUCAGACCACUGGCUACCUAAUUCUAUCAGUCCAAAUCUUGUUAACAGUGGUUUUGCUGUGGAUUGUUAUUAGAAAAGCACGUUCAGAGCUGAAGAAAACUGUUGAAGGACAGCCAAACCAGAGCAUAGAACUCUCAGACAUCAUCAGCCAUGACAGCAUCCAUAGCAACAGAUCAACAAAGAAAUUAUCCAAUGGUGUCAUCCACACAUAGUGCAUAUGUUUAGUACAGUAUUAUAUGAUCUGGAUUAUUUGAAAUUUUGUUGAACUAUGAUUGAAGUAUUUUAAAAUCAGGUAUUACUGGUAUACAAGUAUACUUAUAGUAAAUGUUUUGUGAACUUAAAAUUCCCUGCCGAAAAUUUACUGGUAUAACAUCUGUUCAUAGUUUUAUUUAAAAAAACCCAUUGAAAUUUGACAAUUUAAUGUCUGUAUUUUUAAUCUAUGUUAAUGCAAGGGAAUCCUGAAAACUAAGACAUUUUUUUUUCUCAGUAUUGUUAUUUUUGCUACAUCCUAUUUAAGUGUCUGCCUAUUCUCAAGAAUUUCAAUAUGAUGUUGAAGAGAUUUAAAGUACUUAUUCCAGUGCAUUGUUAAAAUAUAAAAUAAUGAUUCCAUUUGUUUCAGUUAAUUCAUGACAAUUGCUCCUUGCAAUAUGAUUUGGUUGAUGCAUUCUGUAAAUGUAGAUCACUUGUUUGCCUUUAUUGAUGUUGAACAUUAUUUAGGGUUCUGUUGAACAUUUCAUGACAUGUUCAACAAUAUAAGACAAUGAUUGAUCUUUUUGACACAUGAUAGAAUGAAUGAAGCAUUUAGCCACUGUAUAUUAUAUGUUCAUUCAAUGGAUUGCUCAAAGUGCUGUGGGUUCAUUACUCUUCAUGGGCAUUAAUCUUUGGUAAUAAUUUAAGUUUGUAAAGUUAGUAAACUUUACUGUUUUGAAGACUGUUUGAUCUAUAAUGCUCUAUAGGCGACACUCAUAGACACACAUGAACAUUUUACAUGCUUCAUUAUUGUGUGUGGUGCAUGUUUUGAUUCAUCUAUCAAUUGUAUUAAAUGUAUAUCUUGUUGUCAUUUCAUUUGGGCAGUAACAAUCUGUGUGUGUUCUAUGACAUGCUUAUACAAAGACUGCUGGGAUAUAUUUAAUUGAAAAUGAACUUGAAUAGCCUUUGGCAGAGAAAAUGAUUUAGAGAGAACUUCACAAUAAACAAGUCAUGUUUGUGCACAAAAUUCUUCACCAGAGUAUUCUAAAUGCUCCUGCCUUAUUCUGUAAUAUACUUUUUAUCUAUCACAGUGAAUACUAUGAUGAAUAUAAAGCAACAUGUUUGUUGAUUUUAAAAUGUGAUAGACUAGGUCAUAUUUGAAGAUUUAUUAAAAAAAAAUACCAUUGUUUAGUGUUCAGAUUCUUUGCAGUUCACAGUUUUGUUUUAAAAUUUUAAAUUGCAUUGUUUUAUUACAAAAGUUUACCAUUGUGAGUUUCUAUUUUUGGUAUAUAUUUUACCUUUUAUGCAAAAAAGUCAGAGUUGACUGAUUACUUGUAUAUUUAGUGUAUAAGUGGUGUAUGUAUUGACUGUCAUGUACAACAUAUCAUUAGUUCAGUGGGGAACAGGAAGUCUAAUGGAGUAACUUCCUCUUUGUGUAUAACCUCAUUGCAAGUUUUUAUUGUGCACCAGUGUGAUUUUUAUAAAGGAGCAUUAUACAGGCACAUAUAGUAUCAGAUUUCAAGUUGUUACAUAAUCCGUAUAAAGAAGACAUUGUGAACAAAAGGUUAAAAGGUAUUUAUUAUUUCUACAUCAGUAUUAGACGAAGUUGUGACAUUAUGUAUGUAUGAGCAGUAUGUAGCAUUGUUUGUUCAAGAGAUUUGAGAGUUGUACAAUAAUGAGAUUUUCUGCCAAAGAUGCGUAAUUUCUAAGGUCUUUAUUUUAUGGUGUACAGUAAAACACGCUUAUAACGAAGUCCCAGGGAUGGGCAAUUGUACUUCGUUAUAAGCGUAAUUCAUUAUAUCCGUCAAGUUUACAACAUAAAAUAAAGUCACGGGGAAUGAAAAUCACUUCGCUGUAAGCAUCAAUUCAUUAUUAAUAAGCGUGUUCGCUAUAACCGUGUUUUACUGUACUUAGUACGUGAUAUAGUCAUCCAUCUCAUUGCCUGGCUUCUGUAUAAACAUUGUAAAAGAAUUGUGAUAUUAUUGAAUAUAUUUAAACAAUGAACAGAGUUAAACAAUCUUAUACAAGCAUAUAUUGCAUUCUCUUACAAUAUAUGUACAAAAAUUAUUGGCUAUGUAAAGCUGUAGUUAAGCUAUAUUUAUUGAUGGUUUGUAGAGUAACUUCCCUUAGGUUAUAUUAAAACGUAAUAGCAGUGUUUAGGGUAAUUUAAUGACAGCAAAAAUUAAGAUUCUAGAACCUCCAUGAUUCACAUCUCUUUAGGAAAAGCAAAUUAAGGCUCCAAUUGAAGCAGUUUUGCAUAAUUGCCAUCCUAUGCAAAAUUGAUACCUUAUGUAUAACAAAUACAUUCCAUUGAACAAUGAGAAUGAAUUUAUUCUCAUAAACUGACAUUAGGUAGAGUCACAGUAGAGACAUAUAAGUAAUCUUAUUAUUGUAUUACUUGUUUCUUACUUACCUAUAGUCUUAUUUAUCUCAUAGGUUAUAAAGAUCUACAUUCAGGAAAAAAUACAUUAGGGAAAAAAUAAGAUUCUUGAAUAUACAGUGCAUUUUUUUUAUCUGUAGAAAAACGAAACAAUCUAACAAUAUGGAAAGAAGCAAAUAUUGUCCAUCUGCAAUUGUCUUGUUUUUUUUGACAUUUUCAACUUCACAUGUUGUUCCUUUAUUUUAUUUGCUGUUAUGUAUGAGUGGUUAUAUAUGUGUGUAUAUUAGCUGCACUAUUUAUUCUUUAAAGUUUGAUUAUAUAUGUGUGUGAUAUAAUAGAAGUUAUAAAUUUGAAAUCAUUGAAGGUGCUGAAAUGGACAUAAAAUUGAAAUAGAAAAUUUUUAUUGUUUUUUUUCCUGCCCUUUCCUUAUGGUCAAACCAUUGGGUUCAUGGUAGAGGACUGUAAAAAUGAGAAAAUUAAAAUAGAGUGUAAACCUACA